AUGGCGCGAAAUGGGGUGAAUGUGGGCCCUCAUAGGCCAAAUUAUACAUCACCGUUGUCUGAAUAUAUUUUGCAGUCAGAAUUACCUCCUAAGUGGAAAGUCCCCAAGUUUACUAAGUUUUCUGGGGACACUAACGAGUCCAUUGUCAAACACGUGGCUAGGUACCUAAUAAAAGCGAGGGAAAUUGCUAAUAACGAGAACCUAAGGAUAAAAAAUUUCCCAAGUUCCCUUACAAAGAAUGCAUUUUCGUGGUUCACCACGUUGCCAGCAAAUUCAAUUCAUGAUUGGACUCAACAGGAAAGGUUGUUCCAUGAACAAUUCUAUAUGGGACAGUCGAAGAUGAGUUUGAAGGAAUUGACUAGUGUUAAACGAAAAUUCUCUGAGCCAAUAGAUGAUUAUUUGAAUAUAUUCAGUUUGCUCAAGGCCAGAUGUUUUACACAAGUGUCUGAGCACGAAUUGGUCGAAAUGGCCACUGAUGGCCUUAAUUAUUCCAUUAGGAAGAAAAUGGAUACUCAAUAUGUAAGGGACAUGGCCCAGUUGACUGACAGAGUUCGACGGGAAGAGCACCCGAAGACUGAAAAAGCUAGGGGAAAUAAAAAUAACAAGAGGGAAAUGGUAACCUAUGUUGAGUUGGAUGAAGAUGAUCUAGAAGCGUAUAUUGGUCCCCUAAAUUUCGACGAAAGCGAAGUGGACCUCACUGAGUUGAAGCAAGGACCACCUUACUCUUGCAAAGUCCUAGCGCCUUCGAAUGGAAAAAACCCAGUCGAACCAGAAAAGAGUGAUGAUUUCCCUAAGAAAACAUACACCUUCGACGUCACCAAGUGUGACGAGAUUUUCGAUUUAUUAGUUAAAGAUGGCCAGAUGAUAGUGCCUCUAGGUGCUAAAAUACCUCCUCUAGAAAAAGAAAAAAGAGGGGGUUUUGUAAGUACCAUAACUUUUUGGGCCAUAAAACUUCACAAUGUUUUCUCUUCAGGGACCUUGUGCAGAAGGCUAUCAGAGAAUGAAGGCUCAAGUUCGGAGAUAAGUCAAAGUCUCAAAUGA